GUUUCUGAUUUUUCGUAAUUUUCUUCUCGUCCGUUUAUAAUUAGUCAUAAACCCUGAAGGAGAGCCAGGUGUAGUGGUGCGCCCCUGUAAUCCCGGCUACUUGGGAGGGUGAGGCAGACAGAAUGUAAAUGUGAGGCCAGUUCCAGCUCAAAAUAGAGUUAAAAGGACUGGAAAUAUAGUUCAGCCGUAGAACACUUGUCUGCAGUGCGCAGCUUGUGCAUGGUUUAAAUCCUCAGCACCACAAAACGCGACAACUUGAAGGAAUUUCAAAAGAUUGUCAGUGCCUCCCCUAACCACCCACCUUACCCUCAUCACAAACCCUGAACGAGUUAAGGAAAAUCAGUUACAAAGCUCUUCAAGGAUAACGACUCCAUACUAUCCUGGUGGUAUUUUGUUCCACUGUUGAUCAGUGUUCCCAACGCGGUCAGUAAAUCUUGUUUGUGUCACUUUUCCUUGAUGUGCUUAUAUGCUGAUGCCUAGAACUAGGACAUGCAUGUCAGACUCUUCCUAACUGUAAUUAAUCUACGGAAUCCAGAGGCAGCAUUGUCUCCAACUUUCCGUAGUGAUAGUCCAGUGCCUCCUGCACCCACUUCCGGUGGCCCUAAGUCCAGCACAGCUUCCGUAGUUCCUGAAUUAGCUACAGACCCCGAGUUAGAAAAGAAGUUGCUACACCACCUCUCGGAUCUGACCUUAACAUUGCCCACGGAUGCUGUAUCCAUCUGUCUUGCCAUCUCCACGCCAGAUGCUCCUGCCACUCAGGAAGGGGUGGAAAGCCUUCUACAGAAGUUUGCAGCUCAGGAGUUGAUCGAGGUAAAACGGGGGCUCCUACAAGAUGAUGCACAUCCCACUCUUGUGACCUAUGCCGACCAUUCUAAGCUCUCUGCCAUGAUGGGUGCUGUGGCGGAAAAGAAAGGCCCUGGGGAGGUAGCAGGGACUGUCACAGGGCAGAAACGACGAGCAGAACAGGAUUCAGCUACAGUAGCUGCCUUUGCCAGCUCUCUAGCCUCUGGUCUGGCCUCUUCAGCAUCAGAACCAGCCAAGGAGCCAGCCAAGAAAUCAAGGAAACACGCUGCCUCAGAUGUUGAUCUGGAGAUAGAAAGCCUUUUGAACCAACAGUCUACAAAGGAACAACAGAGCAAGAAGGUCAGUCAGGAGAUCCUAGAACUAUUAAAUACUACAACAGCCAAGGAACAAUCCAUUGUUGAAAAGUUUCGCUCACGAGGUCGGGCCCAAGUGCAAGAAUUUUGUGACUAUGGGACCAAGGAGGAGUGCAUGAAAGCCAGUGAUGCUGAUCGACCUUGUCGCAAGCUGCACUUCAGACGUAUUAUCAACAAACACACUGAUGAAUCUUUAGGUGACUGCUCUUUCCUUAACACAUGUUUCCACAUGGAUACCUGCAAAUAUGUUCACUAUGAAAUUGAUGCUUGCAUGGAUUCUGAGGGUCCUGGCAGCAAGGAUCAUACACCAAGCCAGGAGCUUGCGCUCACACAGAGUGUUGGUGGUGACUCCAGUGCGGAUCGACUCUUCCCACCUCAGUGGAUCUGUUGUGAUAUCCGCUACCUGGACGUCAGCAUCUUGGGCAAGUUUGCAGUUGUGAUGGCUGACCCACCCUGGGAUAUUCAUAUGGAGCUGCCCUAUGGGACCCUGACAGAUGAUGAGAUGCGCAGGCUCAACAUACCAGUUCUACAGGAUGAUGGCUUUCUCUUCCUCUGGGUCACAGGCAGGGCCAUGGAGUUGGGGAGAGAAUGUCUGAAUCUCUGGGGUUAUGAGCGUGUAGAUGAAAUUAUCUGGGUGAAGACAAAUCAGCUGCAACGCAUCAUUCGAACAGGUCGUACUGGCCACUGGUUGAACCACGGGAAGGAACACUGCUUGGUUGGUGUCAAAGGAAAUCCUCAAGGCUUCAACCAGGGUCUGGAUUGUGACGUGAUUGUAGCUGAGGUUCGCUCCACCAGUCAUAAACCAGAUGAAAUCUAUGGCAUGAUUGAAAGACUGUCCCCUGGCACUCGCAAGAUUGAGUUAUUUGGACGACCACACAAUGUGCAACCCAACUGGAUCACCCUUGGAAACCAACUCGAUGGCAUCCACCUAUUAGAUCCAGAUGUUGUUGCACGGUUCAAGCAAAGAUACCCAGAUGGAAUCAUCUCUAAACCUAAGAAUUUAUAGAAACACUUCCUCACAGAGCUAAGGCUCUGCCAGCUAUAUACAACUGAAGUUAGUAUUUGUACAAUAACUUUUAUUUAAAUAAACA